CUGCCUAUGACCCGCCCCCGCGAACCAGAAACGGGAGAUAGUCUGACGGAUAGCGCAGAAAAAAAUCCAGGCUGGAGCUGUCCCGGGAAGUCAGGAGUCUGCUAGAGUCUACGCAGAACAACGCCAUUUCACCACUUGCUAAAGGAACAGCAAACUGAAGCUACGGAAUGGCGGUGGAUAUCUAUGACUCUCAGUACCUGCUCAUCCUGGCCCCUUCCCUGGUCAUUGCCCUCAUGUUCCUCUUCUUCUGGCUCUUCAUGAAGGAAACCUCCUAUGAUGAGGUGCUGGCCAAGCAGAAACGUGACCUCAAGGUACCAUCAUCCAAACCAGACACUCGUAAGAAGAAUGAAAAGAAGAAGAGCAAGAAGAAGGAGAGUACCAGCGGAGGAGUUGGCGGAGGUGGCGGAGGUGGAGGAGAUUCAGAAGAGGAUCUUCGGGAUUUUGACGUGGCUGAUGGUGCCAACAGCUCCACACUGGAGGUAGAGGAGGAACCUGCACCAGUGGCUACACCAGAUCCUGCCCCACCAACACCUACUCCCUAUGUGCCUGUUUCAGUUUCACCAGAGGCUCCUGUUGGUCUGAGGGAGAGAAAGAAGAAGGAGAAAAAGGCUGCCAAGGCUGCUGCUGCUGCUGCUGCUGCUGCUGCUGCUGCUGCUGCUGCUGCUUCAGCUACAGCCCCCUCUUCUGAGGAGCCAGAAGUGAAUGGCUCAAAGCUGGUCAGCCGCAAGACAGAGCCACCUCUGGCUGCGAGCAAACAGUCCAGCCCUCCCUCUCCCCAGCUUGAGGUCCAGGUUCAGGUACAAGCCGCUCAGGCUCCUGUUCAGGCUCAGACACCUCCCCAGAUCUCUGGGAAGAAGAAGGAGAAGAAGAAACAAAAAGCAGAACCUGUGGAUGACCAGCAGCCAGAGGUUAAGGCAGAGCAGGGUCCAACUCCAGUCAAGAAGGAAGCUCCCAUUGUGGCUGAAACCAAAGUUCUGGAUGGUGCAGCCUCAAGUGCUCCCAGUGGCAAGAAGAAGAACUCUGCCAAGAAACAGAAGACAGAGCAUGUAGAUGAAGCCCAUGUUCUGGCUGACUCAGCAGCUUCUGCCAACCACCAGGCAGCCCAUAACGAUGACGUACCAUCCAAAGGGAGUGGCAAGAAACAGAAGAAUGAGACUGACAAAGAGAACACGGAGGUGAAGCUGAAGGAGUUGCUGUCUGGUCUGUCCAGCCUGGCUCUGUCAGAAGCUGAGGCUGUCAGUGUGAUGGCUCUGCUCCGAGAGAAGAGCCCCAGUGCCUUGGAUGCCUGGCACAAAUCUGCAGCUAGGCCUGACCCAGCUGCACAGGAACGAGAGAGACUUCUCACAACACUGCAGGAGGAGGCCUCCAUUGCCAAGGACAAAGUGAAACAGCUCAGCCAGGAGCUUCAGGUUGAGAAGCAAAAGACGGGCCGGGUGGAGGCCUUGAUGAGAGAGCAACGUGCAGCCAUGGAGAAAGAACUGGGGAGCAUGCAGGGCAAAGCACAGGGCAGCUACCAGGAGCUCCAGACCAUGCAGAUAAAGUUCCAGCAGGUGAGGGAGCAGCUGGAAAGCCAGAUCUCUCGACUGCAGCAAGAGAACGGCAUCCUGAGGGACGCAGUCAGCUCUGCCACCAACCAGAUGGAGAGCAAAAAUUCAGCAGAGCUGAACAAGCUGCGUUCUGAGUAUGCUGGCCUGAUGAAAGAGCUGGCAGAAAACAACGGCAAGCUGCAGCAGGAGGAGCACCAGAGAAAGUCACUGGAGGUCAACUACAAGCAGAACGUGUCCCAGCUGGAGGCCCAACUGCAGGAUGCUAAGCGACGUUGGGAAGAACUGCAGAAUUUCCUCCACACUGUAAACACUGAGAGAGAGAAACUUCAGGCCUCAAAGCAAGAGCUCCACAGCCAGCUGCUGGCAGUGGAGACGGAGAUGAACAACAAGAACAAGGAGAUCCAGACCCUUCGCGGCAGCCUGACUGAAGCCAUGGUCUCAAAUGAGCGGCUGGAGCAAAGAGUGAUAGAGGUGUCCGAGCACAGUAUGCCUGAUGACUCAUUGCAGGCCCGAGUUCAGGAGCUUAUGAAUGAAAACAAAGGUCUUCAGGUCCAGAAUGAGAGCAUGCAGGCCCAGAUCUCUUCACAGGCCACCCAUGUCUCCCACAUUGAAGAGAUACAGAAGCUAUUGGCUGAAAAGGAGUUGCAGAGGAAGAGUCUGGAGGAUUCUCUAAAUGCUGAGAGGAGCAGCGGGGCCAGUAGAGAGACUAACAUGCAGGCCUUGCACAAUGAGAAUAUGUCACUGAAGGCAGAGAUUCAGAAUCUGCAGGCACAGAUUUCCGAUCAGACUGCCUCCCAACUGGCUUUGGACCAGUUUCAGAUGAGUGUCCGGGAGAAGGAGGAGACCAUGAAAACCGUAGAGGGCCUGCUGGAGAAGGGGCUGAUUGAGGUGGCUAACAAAGAGGAAGAGCUCCAGGCUGUAAGAAAAGAGAACAAAGCACUAAAACAAGAAAUAGAGGCUGUUAAGAGAAAGACAGCAGAACAGGCAUCAUCAGAGUCAACAGUGGAAGAACUCCAGAGCAUGAUCCAAGAGAAGGAUGUGACGCUAAAAUCAAUGGAGAAGAGUCUACAGGCAGCACAAGACAGCGGCUCAGUCAGAGAGAAGACUGUUGAGGCUCUGGAGCAGCAGUUGGCCGCCCUGCAGGCAGAGAUGGAGCAGCUGAGACAGAAGGAGACGCCAGAAGAACUGACCAGUUCUGGUGCCCAGCUCCAAGAACUCCAGGCUCAGCUAGUGGCUAAGGACCAGGAGAUCCAGAUGCUGCAGGCUGAGCUGGAGGCAAGGAAUAAUGAGCUUAGUGAGAAGAUGGAGCAGAUACAUCAACAGCAGUCCCACACAGCAGUGCCAAGCCCAGAGCUUCUUACAGCGUUGUCAGAGAAGGACAAGCAGGUCUCAGAUCUGCAGGGUGAGCUGGCUGAGCUGAGAGACUCCCUGGAGCUUCAUAGAAAGAAGAACAACGAGCUUCGGGAGAAAAACUGGAGUGCAAUGGAAGCUCUGUCAGCCACCGAGUCCAUGCUUCAAGGGAAACUCAGCAAAGCUGUCAAGGAGAACCAGACAGCACUGGCAGUGUCUCAGGCCGAGUGUCGAGAUGUUCUGCACAGACUUCUGCCCAAUGUGCCUCUGCCCAGUGAGCAGAACCAUCAGGAGUGGCUCCACAGAUUUGAAAGGGCAGUAGCUGAAAGCUCAGCUGCACAAUCCACCCCUGCAUCAGGGAACUCUAAGGGACUGGCUGAGAAGCUGAAAGAAGCUGAGGAAACCCAAAGGAUUCUACAGAAAGACUGUGAGACAUACAAGAAGGUUUUGGCAGAGACGGAGGGCAUCCUGCAGCGCCUCCAGAACAGCGUGGAGCAGGAGGAGUCUCGCUGGAAGGUGAAGCUGGAGCUAUCGCAGGGAGAGCUCAGAGAGAUGAGCCAGAAAGUCACAGCUCUGGAGCAAGAGAUUGAGAGACUAACUGAUGGAGCAGAGUUGGAAAAUAUGAGAAGAGAAAAGCAGCACUUGGAGUCUGAGUUGGAGAGGGCGGAGCGUGAGAGUGCCACCUAUGUGACAGAAGUCAGAGAGCUCAAAGAUCUGUUGACUGAAUUGCAGACCAGACUUGAUGGCUCAUAUACAGAGGCUAUCAGACAGAAUGAGGAACUGAAUUUGCUGAAAACCCAACUCACUGAGACUCUUUCCAAGCUGGAGACAGAAGAGAACGAGAGACAAAGGGUUGCUGGUGACCUGUAUAAGGCCCAGCAGUCUGUUGAUCUGAUCCAGGGGGAGCUCUCAAAAGUGACGGACCAUGCUGAUGACCUGAUAGAGAAUAGCAGUCUGAUGUCACAGACAGAAGAGAUUGAUAGAAAGGAGAAAAUGACUGCAGGACUGAACCAAACAGUCAGAGAACUGCAGCAGCUGCUACAAGCCGUCAGCCGGCAACUCACCAAGGGACAGGAAGGGGUGGCUGACAAAGAUCUGCCCAUGGUAUAGUGAGAGGAGGAUAGACCCCCACGCAGUCAUCCUGACUGCACUACAGAGACCACCUUUGACCUUCGGUCUCGUCACUACCACCAUCACACCAUACUGUCACACCCAGCCACCCCUUUUCCCCAACUUCCAUCAUCUCGCCUGUACUGUAGGCAGCCUCCAACUGACUCUGGCCAAGGUGCUGGCAAACCACUCCCAGUCUCACUGUUGGCCAUGAGGGAGCAGGCAGAGGUUACUGUUAAUUCCAAACACUCCAGACACUGUACCAAAACACACUACUCCGCUCCCACCACAUUCCUCUUCAGCAGCAUCGCCAGUUAAUUUUUAUUCUAAACUUAUAAAUGACAUCCAGCAUAAUUUUAAACUGCGUGGCAACCAUUCCUCUGUUUAAAACACCUGUAUUUUUCAAUGAAAUCCUUUUGAAUACUGCAGUAGUUGUUUAUUUGUCAAGAGAGGGCAGUGAUACAAAUUUUCAACUUGACGAAACAAACUUUGGGUUUUCAGUCCUUUUUUUUCUUAACUUAAAGACAUGUAUUGUUUAAAUGUACCAGUUAGGGCCUGCUGAAAUACACUGUUGUUGAUCUGUUUGCCUCCUGACCAGAAAAUUAUCACAAACUGUGCAUCAUCGUGUAUUCAUGAAUUCAUAGCUCCAUGCAUACCUUGGCUCGUUAUUGGGUGGGAGAAGGGAGAUCAGAAGGGGUCUCAGCAUAUCAGAAGGGUCACUACGUGACUGUAACUAUGGAGAUGCAUGGACAAAUUGUAGUCAAGUCUGUACUGCAGUUCCAGAGAGAAGGGAAUCUGUGACCCUGGCUGUGGAAAGAGAAGGCCAGGUCAACAGUGUUAGAGGUUUUUAAUCCUACUGCAACUACUCUAGGAAUAAGCGUCCCAUAUCAUCUGUAAUCAACACUCGCUAUAUUGUUGGUAAGUUCAUUAACACUGAAGAUUUUGUUCUUUUUGUAACAGGUGAUGUUAAUAAAAGGGAUGCUUGAUAAAUCUG